GUACCGCGCCGGCAAGAAGCACGGCGAGGGCAAGUUCACGUGGCCCGAGGGCUCCUCGUACGAGGGCGAGUUCCAGAACAACGAGAUCCACGGCAAGGGCAUGUACUCGUGGAACGACGGCAGGGUCUUCAACGGCCAGUGGAUGAAGAACAGGAUGUCUGGCGAGGGCGUGUUCACCUGGAAGGACGGCAGGAGAUACACUGGAGCUUACUUCAACGACAAGAAGGACGGCCAGGGCACCUUUACGUGGCCCGACGGCCGGGAGUACAACGGGCAGUGGAAGGAGGGCCGCCAGCACGGCGUGGGCACCUUCAAGACGGCGAAGGGCGACCUCCGCAAGGGGGAGUGGCAGGACGGCCAGCGCGUGCGGUGGCUCUCCGAG